AUGGAUCAACUCCUCCAACCAGGCUACCACCCCCGACAACCCCAAGGCCAGCAGCAACAACCGCAAAAGCCUCUCUCCUCAAAUCCACACCUCCCCUGGACCCAUGCUCCUAUCUGCACACACUCUCACUCUCUCAACUCCCUCAGCACAAAAUACUGCGUCUAUACCUCCCAGACCGCCUUCAUAAACGGUAUCUCCAUCCUCACCACACCCUCCCUCGCCGCCCUCGCCGCGGAGCACCUGGACGAAGAACCCUUGAGUAUCUUCUUCACACCGGACCAAUUUGACGAAUGGUCCUCCCAACCCCGUCCCUGGGAAAUCGUCGACAUCCCCGGUAAAGACAAAGGCGUCGUCGCCACGCGGAAGAUCAGGAAAUACGAAACCUUCAUGGUGGAUCAAGCGGCCGUGAUGGUGGACUUGGAGAUGGAGAAGGGAGUGGGUCUGAAGGAGGGUAUGCGGUUGUUGAAGGUGGCGGUGGAUAGGCUGAAGAGGCCGGAGGUGGUUAGGGAAAUGAGUGGGCGGCAUGCUGGGGCCUUGAAGGAGGGCGAGGUGGCGGUGGAGGGAAGAGUGGAAGAGGAUGUUAUGAUGACGAAUGCGUUUGGGACGAGCUUGGGGGAGGGGAGUUUUAGGGGACUGUUUCCGCUUGUGUCGCGUAUCAACCAUGCUUGCGAUCCGAACUCCUUCGUCAUGUUCUCCAACAGCGGCUUCUCCCUCGGCAUAAAAGCGUAUAGAGACAUCGACCCCGGCGAAGAAAUUACCAUAUCCUACCUCCUCCUAGGCAAAACCCAUUCCGAGCGCCAACAAGGUCUCUCCCGCUGGGGCUUCACCUGCACCUGCGCCCUCUGCUCCCUCCCGACCCCCGAACGCAACGCCUCCGACGCCCGCCGCGCCCGCAUCACCCGCCUCCAAGCGCACCUCGAAUCCCAGUUCAAAUCCCACGCCUACAAUGCCGCCCUCCGCACCGGCGAGGAGAUCGUCUCCCUGAUGAAAGAAGAGAACCUGACUGCGCUGCUGGCGGAUCAGUAUGUGGUGAUGACGCGGCUGAGUACGGCGGCGGGGGAUAGGGAGGCAGCGGAGAUGUGGGCGGGUGAGGCCGUGGAGGUGUUGGGGGAGAUGGGGUUUCUGGGGACCGAGUGGAGGGAGGAAGGGCGGUGGGGCGUGGAGGAGUUGUUGGGCGCGUUUGGCGGGAGGGGCGUCUAUGAGUAGUGCUGGCUGCGAGACAAUGUGUGAAGUGGAGAUGUCCGAAUUCGCGAAUGCUUCUGUGUAUAGCGUGGGCCAGGUGGAGGCUAGACUCCAUGCAUGAAGCCUGCUUUCAAGAACGC